UACAUCCCUUUCUGACAUUGAUGAGUUGCACAGAAAGCUGUUGUGCAUGUGUCUUUUGAGCAAGAUUCCAGCUCUGUUGCCUCAAUGGAAACAAUCUCAAGCGUAUCAUCCUCAGAACGUGGGAGAAAAUGGCCUUCAGUUCUUUUUUCAAUUCCCACAUUUUCUUUGGAUGUUGAAUUGAAACUUCGAGAAGGUAAUGCCGAAUUUGAGAAGAACAACAAGUAUCUUCAGUUAACAAGAGACGUAAAACAUGACAUUUUAGAAAAGCUAGCAUCUGAGAUGUAUGGCUACAAGGCUUAUCCCAGUGAUAAGGAGAUAGCAAUGGUAGCUGAGGCUCUUGUGUUAAAAUAUCCUUGCUUGAAGGAAGCAGGAUCUGAAACUGGCUGGAAUGGAUGGAAGAACAGCCUCAAGUUUAAGAUGGGCAACUAUAGGAGCAAGAUGAGAAGGGCUGGAUGUCCAGAGAUGACAGUGAAUGCUGGAAAAAGAAGUAGAAUGAAUCCUGACAAUGAAUCUUCACAUUCAAAUAUUAAAAGACCCAAACGAGCAGAGGUAAACUUUCUGCCCAACUUUCCCCAAGGAGAAAAUCCCUCAACCCUUGAACAGCUGAGGCAGAAAGUCGUUGAUGAAAUGAAGAAAGCUGAGAAGAAUUUACUGCUUAUAAAAAAGAUGAUGCAAACCACAUUUGCCCUGCGGCGACAAACCAUAGUGAAGACAUGCCCACCAGUGAAAGAGCUCAUGGAACUCUGGCCUGCACUCAAAAUGGAAUCUGAGGUGUAUGCAGAGUUUCAACGGAUUACAACCCAGAACCUGCCCAACACAUUCUACUCUGUGCUUGACCGACAUCUUCCUAGACUGAUGACCCUGUUCAGACAGAAGGCAGGCAGAACCGGGAAGACGUCGGAUGCUUUGACUGAAAUCCUAAAAAUCCAUGAUGAACAGGUAAAAAUAUUGUUAUACCUAUUUUAUAGGUCUAAUUCUUAA